AUAGUCCGCGAGAGAUGGUUAUUUGGUCAGCACUGAGACUGCUUUUCUUUCGCUAGCUAACUAGUAAUUAUUUUGACGAACAAAAUAUGGAGAAUCUUCUGUCUAUGAAAGAGUCUAUAAUAACAUACUUGGAUAGAAGUGGAGGGCUGAAUAAGCUCGUUGAGGGAUGCAAGUAUUUCAGAGAUUCGCAACAAGUGGAAGCAGUGUAUCGAUUUAGUUUGGACGUUAAUCCCUCCGAUGUGGUUGAACUGGAUGCUCUACUGGGAGACUGCAUAUUACACGAUCCUAUGAAAGCUACUUCACUCUUCCAAUCUGUUUGUUUUCUGGCAAUAAAGACAUUGUCACUAAUUGAGCAUAUAGAAACAGAAAACCAGGUUAAUGUUGUUCUGAGACUUACACACAUUCCACCUUUUCCAAACUACUUUAUGGACUUGUCUGACUUCCCCCGUGGGUACGGUCCAAUGAGGCCUGUGGCAAUAGAGGGCCUUGUAAUUGCAAUGACUCCUAUCACUAAAUACACCCGAGGAGCCAGAUUCCUCUGUGCAGAAGAAAAAUGUCCUUGCUCUAGAGGUUUCCACCACAUUCGAGUGCAUGCCCCAGGAGCUACAGAAUCUGCUACUGUCAGAAACGACUUCAUCUGCUUUCUCUGCACCUCACCACUCAAAGAGGAUGUAAAGUCUCGUGUUUUAGGCGAUAAACAACUAGUUGAGCUUGUGGAUGUGAAGGCACUGGAUGUCUUAAGAGGCCAUGACCCUUCUUCCCUGAGAUAUCAAUCCGUCAACUUGUUUUUGAGAGAUGAACUAUGUAACUGCAUGAAAAUUGGUCAGAUUUAUCAGUUGGUGGGGAUACCAGCGCAUGUACACCAGUGGCCCAGUGUUAGUUGGAGCAUAGAGGCCUGCAGCAUUCAAACGGUCAUGCCUAAUUAUCCCUGCCUGGUGAGUGACAACUUCAAGGCCCUACACGCUACUUCAGCCAGUUCUCCAUGGAGGUUCUCUGCCAUUGUGGCUAACACUUUUGCAUCUCCAGUAGUCCCGCCUGGCCUCUACAGCACCCUGAAGCUUUUACUUCUCCUUAGCCUGGUGCAGACCGAGGGAGAGAAUGAAGAAGCACACAACCAUCUAGAUGUGCUUGCAAUCACCAGUGACACUCUUAUCAUAGACAGGUUAAUGACAUACUGUCUGGGCCUGGCUGCACGAGGUGUUCGUCACCCAGUUACUGGAGAGCUGUUUGCUUCCCUGUCCAGAGAUGACCAUGGAACAGGAACAGCCAACAUCCGUGCUGGAUCUGCCCUUUUGGCCACUGGGGGCGUGUGCCUGCUGGGAGACUUAACAUGCUACAAGAGAGACAGGAUAGAUGCACUCCAGUCAGUUCUGGAAAACAGAGCAGUGUCUGUAUUCAUCCCAGGAAAGAAGUAUGGGGAGGACGCUGACCAGCUACUCUCCUUCCCUGUCCAGUGUAACUUUUGGGCCCUGACCGACGCAGCAACCCCAUCCAGGAAGCUCAUCAGACCUGAAACUAUAGUGCUUGGUUCAGUGGAGAUGGGUCCAGUGCCCCCACAGGUCACAAACGCGUUUGGACUAGUGAUCCAGUGUCGGGAGGCAGGGGCUGACCACCCAUGCCUUCCUAUGACAGUACACUUACUGAGGCAAGCCAUCUCACCAGGAGAGCCCCUUUACCCUGCUAGCAUGCAGUUUACCACACAGGACUACAAAGAGCUCCUGGCUCAUGCUCGGGGCCUCAAAGUUGACAUGAGCCCUGAGGCUGAGAAGAUGAUCUACGGCUACUACAUGGCCAGUAGGAGAGUGCGAUCAGAUUCUGCCCAGGCGUCUUUGGUGUCUGUCACAUCUAUCAAACUACUGAUAGCUCUUGCACAAGCUCAUGCCAAGCUCAACUUAAGGACACGUGUUCUAGAAUAUGAUGCAGUUAUUGCAGUGCUGCUUUGUGAGAACUCAAUCACCCUGAAACAUGGGGCCUCAGCGCUUGUUAUUCCACCCGAUGCCACGUUUCCAUGUGAUCUGCGUGACCUGGACUCCCUGCAGAGGCGAGACCUGACCUUGGAAGGCUUCCACCAGCAGAUUUUGCACUUUGUGUACACAUAUGCACCAGGGCCUGCAACCUACAUCACAGAAGAGUAGGGGCCCCAAUUUCUCAAA